AUGGACUACGGCGACUACCCAUAUCCCAUUCGCCGUUCACCUCGAGCCGCGCAUGAGCUCCAACAAGUCUUUGCCCAGCUCCAGCUCGACAACAACAGACGCGACUACGAUAAUGACGACGACGACGACGACGACGACGACGACGACGACGACGACGACGACAGUUACACCGACUCCGACCAGGACGACCUACCACCUGUAUCGCAAAGGCAGCCACACUCGUAUCGCGAACCACCGCCGACAAGUCCAAGAGAGCCACCACCCCGAUCUCAGUCACAUGUGAACCCACUGCGAUUCCAUCCCGUCGCUGCAGAUAAGAUACCAGCACCACCAGCACCACCAGCACCAACACCAACACCCCGGCACCGCUUCUCUCACCCCUUCAGGGAACAACUAUUUGCGUUGCGACAGCCUGAUCCAGCACCUCGUCGGCAUCCAACCAACCUCGUAUCUUACAAGCCUGCUAACCAACGUCUCCACCCGCGCCUGCGCCGACGGACCUCCUUGGACACAAUAGCCUCGGUGACAACGACAGCGUCUGUGCUCGACCCUGAAGAUGCAGAAGCACCAUCUCCUGACACGUUCACUCUCGAGGAUGAGUACCCCAUUACACCAGACGUCGACCUGGGACCACCACCAACGACCGCACCACCGAAAGCUGCUUCAUUACCCGAAUCGCUGCGAACAGCUAGUCUACGCACAGCCAGUGUCAGCUCCACUCAGUCCACGCACCCAGCAACGCCUGUAGCGUCAGCAGAGACGCACCCUCCCAAGUCAAUCCUACAGAAGCUGAAGCCUGGCAAGAGGAAGGACUCGGCAGGCACGGAUGGAGGAGCCGAUCGACUGGUCAUAGAGCGAACGGUUUCGGUUGAUCAGACGUCGUGUCGCUCCAACUCGUCGAGCGCAUCCAACACCGUAUCGUCGGGGACGCCUUCAAGAUACCCACCUUCAGAAACCGGCAACUCUCGAUCGAGCAGCACGUGGACGGCAAGCUCCCAUGACAUCAGCGGCUUGACACCAGAGGAGAUCAAAAAGUGCAAGAAGAAGGGCAUCAAUCCAGCGCUGUUCGCUGAGAUGAAGGCAGCAAGGAAGGGGAAAUGGACCAGUCCCAUAGCGGGCAACACGUUCCUGUCCUGA